UGCAGCACUAGCAGUUUAGAAUAAGCAUCGUGAUCGUGCAUCGUGUUACGACUGUCGAUAUAACCGUUUCAUCAGCAUUGAGGUUGUUACAGCAUUGUUUAAGUUCAAAAGUUUUAAAAACAAAAAAAACUCUGCAUUACGAAAUGAAACGUGACCUGGACGGGAAAAAGCGAAAAGAUAUCAUCGAUGACACUUUAAAAGCUUCCGUUAGAAAGAAAAAAUUGGGCAUAAAUUCAAUUUUGCAUAACGGCAUUUCCGACGAGCAGAACAAUGUUUCUCUGCUCAAUUUUCAUAAUUCAAGUGGUAAGGAAAAAGAGCAGAAGAAUAAGAAACGUAAAGGUGGAGGAAUUCAGCAAGAGUGUUGUGUAAUACAAAUGAAGAAACCAAAAAUCAACAGCGUUACAGGAGAAACUGCCAGUGUACAAGACAGAAAAGAAAUUGGUUCCAAUGGCUUUUCCGCCGAUGUUAGUCAGAUCGAUGCUGACAGGAGUGAUGAAGGAGAGGAGGCGAUUGCAAACAUAUCGAACGAAGAAGCAAACUCAUUGUCCGGAAAAUCGCUGAGAAAAAGAUUCAAUUCUAAUGAAGGACUCAACACAUUGAGGAAAUUUUUGGUAGCCUGCAAAGAACUCAAGGAUAGAGAUCUUGCCGCUGAAUACUUACAUGCCGGAGGCAAUGUUUUAGAAAUUCUCAGACUUUUGGAUACUUCUGAUAAAAAAAAUGUUAAUAACGCCAGUGCUGUAUUCUCUGCCAUACAUCUUAUAAUUAUGAAAAUCUUAUCGGAAUAUCCCCAUUACCGAUCAAAUGCGCAAGAGGCCUGUCGCCACUUGAUUAAUUCUCAUUUAUCAUUUGUUCAUGGUAUGUUGUCGAGUCAGAGCAAUGCGAAGCACCGGAAAAUUGUUCUGCGUCUAUUGGCAUCGAUGGUUUCUCUUGGUGGUAAUUUACCCCAAGAAUUAUUGGCUCAUACUUCGUUUCACACUCAAGUUUUGGAGACUUUGUCGCAACAAACCAAGCCCACGGAUUCUUCGAGUGUCAGAACUUGUUACAUACACUUUGUACUUGCCUUUCUCGUGGAAGGUAAUUCCUCUGUCAUUCGAGCUUUACUCGAUAAACGAGGAAUGCUUUCUUGUAUUUUCCCCGAGUUGACGUACGAUUCUCACACCACCGUUCAUCUCGUCCUCGACACCGUGAAAUCUUGGGUUUUGGAAAAUUCGGCCAUCAGCAAAACUACCAAAUUGCAUGUUUUUUCAACUCCGGUUUUGCAAAGUCUUGUCUCGUUAUACAAUUGGAAGGGACCCAAAAAUUGGCCCGGUCCAAAAAGCAAAAAACGCGAACGGACCGACACUGAUUUCGUUGAUCCGGAAGAAAAAAAGAUUGCAGUGGAAGCGGUGCACAAUUUCCUUAUAACUCUUUUGACUUCAAACCGACAUGGAGUUAUUUUUCACGAUCGUAGUUUGGGUACAUCUACUCGGAAGUACAAUCAAUUGGUCAACACCAUAUUACAGAGUCUCGAGCGCCCUUGGGAACAUCCAAAGCCUUUGGACCUCGUUAUAAAAAUUCUCGUCGCUUGUCCGGAUCUUGUGAAAUCUCAGCUGGCUUAUACGGAGCCAUUUCUUGAGCCAAGACUUUCAAAAAAGUGGAUACUGGCAAUGAGAUUCUUGGGUCACUUGUUAGAUUCAGAAAAUCCGGAAAAUUGUCUGAAACCUUGUUUAUCAGAGCUUUCGAGUUCACAAUUACUCAGCGCUGUCCAAAAUUUGACGAUUCCUCUAUCAGUUCUGAAAGGUGCUAUCACUCGAUCUCUGGAGAAUGAAAUUUUCAUGAUACGACACGAGGGAAUCCGACUGUUGAUGAAAAUGCUCAGACAAGCGAAAAUUUUCGCAAACAUCGUUCAAGAACAAUGUGAUGAAGCCGAUUACAUUCUCUUUAGAAAUUCCAUGACGGAUUAUAUUUUAAAAAACGUGCCGAGUCUCGAAAAGAUGUUCAAACUUUGGAAUCUCGGCUUGGCGGAUAAAUCUUGGCAUGUGGAAAACAAUACCUCCGAUCGGGAAGAGAUUAAAGAAUUUAUGCCAUCAAAACUACAACACUUAAAUGCUAUUUUGGAUAUGUUUGAAGCUUAUAGAGAAAUGUGUCCCGGGCUUGAAAUAGCUCUCUCAGCUUCCGGUGAACUAAGCUCGAAAAUUUUCAUUACCGGGUUGGACGAAAUUUCAACGGACGACGAGGAGGAGAGCAGUCAUUGCAGACAAAUGAAAAUCAAAGCUCUGAGAUUUAUUUUAUCGAUCGAUUCCGCAUCUUUCACCCCUAACGAGCCCCUCUUUGGAACAACUCUCGUUUUUCUUUUAACGAACCUUGUCUCGAGAAAAAAUGACACAGAUUUUCAAUCACGCAAAACGGUCAAAAUGCUUCUACUAAGCAGCGGAAUAUUCGAAGGUUGUCAGGAUCAAAUUGAUUUUUGGAUCGAGAAUCUUGCCGAUUUGAAGAGUCAAGAUGAAAAGAAUCUCGUUGCACAUUGGUUCGUUAAAGUUGUUGAAAUGGCGAUUACGAAAACCGACGAAUAUUUGGAACUCGUCGUCGAAGCGGAAACGGAUGCCGUCGAUGGAAAAGGCUUUGCCGAAGAAGCUGCAAAAAGAAUGCAAGACUUUUUUGACGACCUUCGUGACAAAGACGGAGAUAUUUCACAGCCAAGAAUAAAAAAUAUUGCAUCCGCUAUCGCCAUUUGUCCUAUCGUAUUUAGCGCCAUUGAAAAUGCUCAGAAAAUAUGUGAUCCAGUUAUCUCAAAAUAUUUGUCUCUCGUUAUGAUUGAAAUUUUACAUUGCCAAGUUGAUCCUGGGACUCUCGUCCGAUUGGCACGCAAUCUCGAACAAUUCUCGGCCAAAGAAUACUUGAAUUCGUGGUUGCCAGAACAAAAACCAACGAGUAUGAAAAAAGAAAUAUCCGCUGGAUUCUUUUCGAGGAGAACAUUGAGCAAAGCUUUGCUUAAAGACGACGACGGCGAGACGAUUGGGAUGACUUCAAUUUCAAAUAUAUUUCAAGGCUCCGUGCGGAAAACAGAAUUUCUUUAUCAAGGAGAAGAAAUAGUUCUUUUUCAUGAUUUCGAUCAAUACGAGAUAUAUAUUUUGUUCAGAAUGACACUUUAUUAUUUGAGCCAAUUCAUUCAACGCGGACAAUUUUCUGAAAAAAAAUUUGAUUCUCAUAAAUCGUGUCUCAUCGCUCUCCUCCACAUGGCGAAAAGUCUCGACACUAAUUUACUCGAUAAAUGUUGCAAACUCAUCUUCGCGCAUCCAACGAUUUUUCAACAUUUUUCGCCAUAUUACAGAUCGAAAAACAACGCGGCAAUAAUCGUGACCGCUGGACUGGUCGAUAUAUUUCAAACUGCAAUUGAUAUCAACGAUUCAGAAUCUUUGCCAACUUUAUUCUUGCCCUACAAGAAUAAAUUAAUCGCUCAGUUGAGCUCGGCCGUCAAAAAGGCCAAAGAUGGUAAAAAAGUAAAAAGUUGGAUGUUUGUGAUUGAAUUUAUAGAAAUUCUCCGACCAAUGGCCAACGACGUCGUUCAAUUGUUGACACGAAUAAUUGAUUUGCCACAAUCAAAUUUUCUGGCAGAAAAAACUGGUUUCACGAUUUGGACCGAUCUCGUCCCAAAGCUGAUUGAAAUAUUGACAAUGAGGAAAAAUUGUCACUCCUCGGGUUCUUCAUCAAUUAUAAAGCCGAACAUAGUGAAGAAAAUAAUGUCUCGCUUGAUUCAAUUGAAAACUUAUCCUAACAUCCGGCUUGACUCGUGGGAGAGCAAUUUACAAAGAUACCUCGAGCAUUAUCCUCAAUGUAUUGCUGGUAUUGACGGCCAUGCCUUCAAUUCACUAUUGAAAAGUUGUAAAAAUUCGGCAACCAUAAGUCUCAUCGCUUUCCUCGUCAGCAGGAAUGAUCAAUUUAUUUUACAUUUGAUUCAAUUUAUAUCGUACGAACCAAAAAUUAUCACGGAGAACGACCUCAUUUUUUCAAUAAUCGCUAAUCGUUCUUCGAGUUAUCCGUGGACUCAACAUUUUUUGAAGCAAAUUCAUCAUCAUUACAAAAACGAUGUUAUAAGAUAUUUUACUGAGCCUGAACAGACUGCAGACAAUUGGAUAUCGAGAAAUAUUAAAGCAGUAGCUUUUCUCAUUGACUCUUGUUUUGAAACGAAAGAUUGCGAAACAGCGUGUGAAGGAAUGUUAUCGAACGGUGAUAGAUUGGAUAACGUGGAUCUCGGUUUUGUUCAACUGUUGACAAUUCUUUUCACAAAGAGUUCAAAACUCGAAAGUAACUCGGAAGAAUCGCUGACCAAGUUAAUCCAAGUCCUUAUGAGAAUAACAGUUUCGACACUGAAAAAAGAUGCCAAGAACGAAGAAAAAUUGGAAACACUGUGCCAAAGUUUGAUAAACACAAUCGAUUUGUUAAGAUCGAAGCAAAGUGAUUUCAUUCAUGAAGAAUUAAGUAAAAAUUAUUCGUGGCCACAGUUUACGAGAUUCUCGCUCAAACUGGGAUUAAAAGCCUCGAAGGAGGGGAAAAAACAUGCUUCUUUGCUCAAAACACUCGCAAGGGUUUGUGACGUUGCUUACAAGGAUGCCAGCGAGAAUGAAUACGUUAAAACGCUUUUUGAUAUGACGACUUCGCACUCGGAAUUCGUCAAUUUGAUACUGAGCACCCAAAACCUCAAGAGAGAUUUAGCGGAACUGAUUCUGGUUCUCAUUCGCAAGAAUCAUUCGACAAUGUCAUCGUCUCAGAUACCUCUUUACUUGGCAGCUUACAACGCGACUCUUAGCGAGACCGAUCAAUUCAUCUUCCUCAUUCUUCAACAUUACGAAGCCAACAAAAUAAAAUUCAACGAGUACAGACCUUAUUUGUGGGGCGAAGCUGCUGCUAGUCAUUACAGCGUCAGGGGCGAAGCUGACACCGCUUUAUGGAGACAACCCUCCACUUCACAAGUCCUCGAUCUCUUCAAUUCCGACAUGGUUGAGGAAACGAUCAAACGGUUUCCAGUUAAUCGGGAUCUUAAGCCAUCGGGCCUGAGCGUGGCUACCGCGAAAGUUUACGAUCCCUCGUUUUAUUUGCCACUGAUGUCCUACCUGUUGUCCGACAAUAAUGUCGUUGCCUGCCACAAAGUCACUCAGAGCGGUGCUCUCGCAUUAGUUUUCGCAGCUUCCGGUAGCGCUUGCGUGGAAAUUCGCCUCGCUGCUUAUACCGUCAUUUCCCGUUUCUACUUACACUUGGAAGCCACGAGUUCAAAAGAAAAGUGUCUCUGGAUUCGUUUGAUUGACGCAGUGAGAAAUGGGAUUCUCGAUACAAAUUCUUCGCUAAAAGAUUUCCGUCCGAGCUGCUUGGUCUCGACUUUCCUCGCUCGAGCCGCUCUCGUCACGACACAACCCACGAAUCUUCUUUAUUCACCGAUUCAAGCGUUUCUCAUGGCUAAACCGGCACUCGAGUUCAACGUCAUUCCAGAACUGUUGCAAUUGUUUCAAAGCUCGGACGUUGAACAUACUGCUCAUAGGCAUUGGAUCCUUCGAGUUAUCCGCGAUGGCAUGAAAACACAAGUUGAUAUGGACGUUGCAUUAAAGUCUGUCGUUUUCAAAAUGCUUCUUGAUUUUUAUUCCUGUCUUUUGGCCGAUCCAAUCACAAAGCAUUUGAUCCUCGAAAUCAUCGAAUCAACGGUAAAAAUCAAGAAAGCCGGAUUGUUGCUGACUCAAAGUUACGGACUCGUAGUUUGGCUAGCGGAAAUUUCAUCGAAUUUAACAACCGUUUACCAAACGGAGAAUGUACAAGUCAUCGUGUCGAUAAUCCGUGAAAUUUUGAAUUCGGUUACGAGAACGAACGAUCGCGACAAAGACACGCAAUUCUUGUUGCUUAAUGUACUAAAAAAUGUUAGCUGCUCGUAUAAUUUGUCGAAAAACACGAGUGUCAGUUGUUUCAACAACUACAUGAGCUCGUUGAGCGAAAUUUUGCAAAAUAAAUCUUUGAGGUCGGCUCUGACUCGUCAGGACUUGGAGAAGUUGGUGGAGAUUGGAAAAAAUAUUUAUGGGGACGUUGAUGAUAUCCUUGAUACAUUAGAAAAUGGCGCUGAAUUUGCAGCCAGGAUAGACGAUUCGAAAGUUCUUGAUGACGAGAUUUCUAUUGGUAGAGCGAACCUCAGGAAAGCAGUUUUUUUUUGGUGCGGUCGUGCUACACGGUGAUCCCGUGGUGAUAAUCAUCACUCAAAAGAAACCUUAAUUAUCUUAAACAUUUUCAUUGAUGGAAUGCGAGUACACGAAUUUUUGUCCUCCGUCAUAGAAAGAAGACAAAAUUCACAAUCGCGGAGAGUUUUCACUUGAAUUCCAACGAAGCAAAAUUCAAUUUCGAACCGCGUGUGCGCGCGCGCGCGCGCGCGCGCGUGUGUGUGUGUGUGUGUGU